AUGAAUAUUCCGACGGUCCGUGAAGGCACCGCGCUGUGAAGUUUUAGUGCGGCAGGUUCGAGUCUUCCGCUGCGGCUGCGUCACGUUUCCAGACUGAGGAGAUUCAGUUCAGCUCUCUAGAAAAGUUCUGGUUCUGCUUUUAUUUCAGCCAGAGACCGAACCGGACCGGCAGGACUGGACCGUGAGGUUGGUGUGAGCGCAGCUUUGUGUCGCAGCGUUUCGGACUGAGCAGAACUUCGCUGCGGUUCGGAAACACAGGAAGGAGCGACUGAAAGAACGGAUGUGUGACAAUGAGCGGAGCCGCCGCGGAUCGUCUCUUCGGUUCCUCUGACUUGACAUUUUAGAGACACAUGAGAGGCUCCAGCUGCUCCGGCCGACCCGGUUCGGAUUAGUUACGACCCGAACCGAACCGAGCUGCUGAAGACAAACACUGAGACGGAGACAUGGGGACCCAGGGGACGGGACGGAAACGGUCCACCAACAAGGAGAGGUCCACCGCGGAGGACGAUGCCCUCAACCUGAUCGCCAGAGAGGCGGAGGCCAGGCUGGCGGCGAAGCGAGCCGCCCGGGCCGAAGCGCGGGAGAUCCGGAUGAAGGAGCUGGAGCGGCAGCAGAAAGAGAUCUUCCAGGUGCAGAAGAAGUAUUAUGGUCUGAACCCCCGAGAGGAGCGGGCCGACAGUAAAUGGGGAGACAUUGAGCAGUGGAUGGAGGACAGUGAGAGGUUUUCUCGUUCUUCGCGGCUCCACACGCUGUCUGAUGACGAUGAGCGGAUGUCGGUGGGAAGCCGCGGCAGCGUCCGGUCGGAUCUGGACUCUGGGGGGGCAUAUGGUGGAGGGGGUUCCUCUUUGCACAGGAAGUCAAAGAAAAAGAAGAAGCAUAAGCACAGAGACAAAAACGGUUGCCAUGACGAUUACAGCGCGCUCUCCACCAGGAGCUCCAGGCUGAGCGACGACAGCAGGAUGUCCCGAUCGUCCAGACUGGACCUGCAGCCGUCCUCCUUCACUUCCUCAGACCUGUUGGAUCUCAGCGGUCCGUCCAGAAACCCUGGCUUGUCUUUCAAUGGCUACCAGAGCUCUCUGUAUGACGACGGUCUGAGUCUGUGCAGCGGCUCCCGCAGAGUCUCCGCGUCUCACCCUGUGGAGUACAGUAGCUACCGCAGCUCCAGAGCUUCCAGCAGGGCCAGUUCGGCCCGGACCAGUCCAGUGGAGAACUGCGGCUCUGUCGCCAGUUUUGUUAGGAGUGCGGUGAGCGGCAGCGCCCUCUCCAGGCACCUGGAUGACAUCACCAUCCCUGACUUCCCUGAAGUGGAGGACAGAGACUUUGAUAAGGGACCUCGAGCCACGGUGGGCGGGACUUCCUCCCGGCGAGGCAGCGGGGAGACGGUGCUGACGGUGGACGCCGACAGCUCCGUCCGGGAAAUCAAGGAGAUCCAUGAGCUGAAAGAUCAGAUUCAGGACGUGGAAACAAAGUACCAGCAGAACCUGAAGGAAGCGAAGGAGGCGCUGGCGGAGGUGGAGGAGAAGUACCGUAAGGCCAUGGUGUCCAACGCCCAGCUGGACAACGAGAAGAACAACCUGAUGUACCAGGUGGACACGCUCAAAGACUCUCUGAUGGAGCUGGAGGAGCUGCUGUCCGAGUCGCGGCGCCAGUACGACGACAAGCUCAAGGAGUUUGAGCGGCAGAAACACAACCACAGCGUUCUGCAGUUCCAGUUCGACGAGCUGAAGGAGACCUUGAAGCAAAGCGAAGAGCUGCUGAACGAGAUCCGCCAGCUGCGGCUGAAGCAGGACGGUUACGUUAGAGAAAUAUCCGACCUCCAGGAGACGGUGGAGUGGAAGGAUAAAAAGAUCGGGGCGCUGGAGCGGCAGAAAGAAUAUUCAGACGCCAUCCGCUUGGAGCGGGAUGAGCUCAGGGAGGAGACGGUGAAGCUGAAGGAUAUUCUGAAGAAACACGGGAUAGUGCUGGGACCGGACCUGAACGUCAAUGGAGACGCCGGGCCGUCGGAGGUGGACGGGUCAGCUGGAGCGGAGCCGCGGCCGACCCAGGAGUCCCAGCCGACUCCCGCUGAAGGAAACGGCGUCCUCGGCAGCACAGAGGACUUGAGGGCUUGCAGAGAGGAAGACGUGGCUCCAGAGCAGAAAGACGAAACACUGGAGGACGUCAAAGAGAAUCGCUUGAGCUGUGAUGAUCAGGCUCCAGAAGCCCAGACCUGCUUUCCCUUUGAGGAAAGUCACCUCGACGGUCAAAAAACCGUAGAGCCGAUUGAUUGUCCAGAUCCUAAAGCGAAAGCCAUAAUCGUUGUCAGCCAAGAUCUUCAGCAGAUCCAGACAUCUGGAGAAACAGAAACAUCUGAGGUUGAUUCCAUCAGUCAUCCAGGUUUAGCCAAAACCCAAAGUACCGGCACUGAAGCAGCUGGCGGCGACCUUUCAGGAGGUCAAGAAAGUAAACAGGAAGUUGUUACGACAGAAUCUUUAGCCAAACAAGGUGUCCCAGUUGGACUGAACUCAGAAUCUCAACAAGAGCCUGAGGAGGCAGAAAACAACGAGGCUGAGAAAACGGCAAGUAAGUCCCAGGCUCAGGUCUCUACCGCGUCAGGGAAGAAGAAGAAAAAGAAGAAGAAGGUAAAGAAAAAAGACCAACAAAAAGCUGGAACCGAGAAGCAAAACGAGAAGACCAGUAAGGUUUCAGUUGUACAGAAUAACGGGCUCACAGCAGAACAGGAUACCAGUGAGUCCAUAGCUAAACCUCAAGACAACCAAGAACCUGAGAAAGUAAAACAUCUGGAACCCUCUGAAAAUCAUCCUACCAAAGGAAAUCUGCAAGAACCCAACACAGAAGGUUCAGAAGGUCACAACCAAGAGAAAACUACAGAAGGAGCUGAUGUUCUGGGAUCGACCCUGGUGCCUCAUCUUGGAGUGGAGAUCAUUGACGAUACGCAGAACCAGGAAUGUGAAGAUCCAAAAAAGCCAAAUGAAGGUUCUGCUGUUGAAUCCCUCAAGGAAUCUGAAAUAACUGGUCCUGAUCAAGAAGGUAAUCUCGUCACAUGUAAGAGCAAAGAUGAUCCUGAUUGGAGUGAAGAUGCCCCUGCAAGAGAAAACACCUCAGAUCUCCAAUCAACCACAGAUCACGUUUCUGGGGAUGAAGGGAAAACCGGAAACACGGAGAUGUUGGAACAAAGUGAUACUGUGGGAUCUUCUGAAACAUCUUGUCACAUCGUAACGAGAGCAGAGCUUUCCGAGGAUGAACAGAACAAGGAAACAUCUCCAACAGCCAAAGAAACCGCAGGACACCCUGAAGGAUUCUUCCAAGAUGAACCAGGGGAAGAAUCUGUUCCAGAGUCCAAGACGGUCGAAGGUAAUGCUAGAGAAACAAAUCUGCCCUCAAACAAAGGCAAUGAAGGUCCAAACAAACACCUUCCAUCAUGUGACGAUACUGCUACCACCCCAGCCUUCCAGGAACCCAACAAUGAUCAUGUUUCAGGAGAUCAGGAAGAGGAAACUUUGACAUUUGAGAUGCUAGAUGAAGCUGGUGCUGUGGAAUCACUUGAAACUCCAGAUGAGCAGCUUGUUGAGGUUCUGCAGAACCAGGAAGAAACUUCAGAACCAGAGAAACAUGAAUCAGUGCAGCAAACCACAGAAACUUCUCAAGCUGAAACAAUGAAGGGGCCCAAUGAGUCUGAAACAUCUGAAGAUGUUAAAGAGAUGGAAUCUGAAACUGGUUCUGAUCGAGAAGCAAACCUUCUGACUUCUGGAAAGAGUGAAGAUCCUGAAGAGGCGUUUCCUCCGGACAGUUCUUCACCAGAAGUCCAAAACGUCCGCACCGAGUCAGAAUCAGUGGAUGGAGACGAGAAGAUGAUUUACAACUCUGAAAGCAUUGUUGAGUUGGCUGGUGAAGAACAGGAUGGAGUUCCUGAGUCCAGAACCGGUUCUGAAAUUAAUGAGGAAACAUCUGCAUCAUCAGCAAACGAUGAUGCCAGAGAUCAACCCGAAACCUCGUCAACCUCAAAGAGCACCAAGCUUUCCAUGAGGGAACCAGAGAAGGCAGCUGAGCCAGACGAUGUAGAACCAUCGGAGACCUCUGAAGAAAUCUGCCAAGAUGAUGAAGAGUUGAAUGGAGGAAGAGGAGAACCUGAAGAGCCACCGUUACACAUGAAAGAUGAGAUGGAAUUAGUUGAUCUAACCAAAGCAGAAACUGGAGAUACUGGUUCUCCUCCCAAAGAAGAGCAGAAGGAAGCAUCUGCUGAACAACCAGAGCCUGAAGAUCGUCCAAACACUGAGGAGGUAAAAACUUCUCAAGGUCCUCUGGCUGAGCAGGUGAAGGAAUCCAUGGAGGAACCUGAGGGGGAUGAUUCACCCCCAUACGGUCAGCUGGACGAGGACGACGGAGAGGAAGACGAAGGACAGUCUUUUGAUUUUGAUGACUUGGAUGUGGAAGCAGCUGUUGAAUCUGCUCUGUCCAACAAACUGGAACAGGAAGACGUUAAGGAAGGAGCUGAAGUCAACAGGAAGAAUCCAGAGCUUUGCCAAAGUAACGCGGAGACAAAGGCAGAAGAUGGUGAGGUGAAGGUUUCCGAGGAUGACAACAGCAAAGUUGAUCAGCCUUCAACUCAAAACAACCUGCUGUGUGGAGAUGACACACCUGAAAAGGUUGGAAAUGUUCCAGAGAACAUCGAGCAGAGAACGUCCUCAACAGUUGAGGAAGGGUUAGAUGCCACCAAGGUGCCUUCAGACCCACAAAAGACUCCAGAACAAACCGAUGGCGUACCGCAGGCAGGGAAAGACCCAAAGAAGAAGAAAGGCAAGACUAAAGAGGACUGUAAGAUGUCUUAGUUGGUCUAAGCAGGACGGGUCUAAAAUGGGCCACAUGCACACCAGUGAUGAUUCAGUUUGCAAAGAGCUGGAACAUCUAGAACCUGAUCGGUACUGGCUACUGAAGCAACCAGAGGCGGUGCUAGCAGCACUUCAUGGAGUUUGAUGGGGUUUGAUGUCACAGUGACCCGAUGGUGGAACCAGAGAAUCCACUCGUUGUUUCAUUGGUACCGUGUUUCAGAACCAGGAAAAUUCUGUCCGUUCAGGACGCUACGUACAUCUCAGAAACACAAGAGCAGAACUUCCACCGCAUUGCGGUGUAGCCGCGCCCACUUAGGAUUUUGGAGCAGUUGCAAACUCCCAGAUCAGAUCUCCAAACAAACACCUUUGGAGAAAGAACAAAUGUCCUGGAGUGUUUCCAUCCCUUCAGGACGGCGGCUGACGGCGAAACACUCUAGGAAAACAUGAAUGAAACUCCGAAACACAAAAACAAUAAAACGAUGAAAUGAAAAACACUCCAACCAGAGGAAGCAGAAGCAAAAGGAAAAUGAUGCUAAUAGCAAAAACAGCAGGUAGUAUAAAAUACUGCAACCUGGUUCCACAAACAGAAGUCCUCCAGACCACUAGGGGGCGUCUGGAGCAGGUAAUAUUACCUACAGAAAUAUGAUGCUGAAGCAUAACUAACCUUUUCUGUCUUCCUCCAACUUUCUUCUGGACUUUACGGAGAAUCCAGAUGAUUUGGUGACCGACUCCCCCUGGUGGUCUGGAGGACUAAUGUUUCAUGGAGCCAGUUUGCAGCAUUUUGAACUUGCUGUUGUUUUUACCAUUGGUGGUAUUUUCCCUUUUGCGUUUAUUUCCUGUGGUUGCAGCGUUUUCUGUUUGAGAGUUUGUCAGUCAUGUGACAAACUCUCAUGUGGGUUUGCACCAUCAGACCUCCUGCCAACCCUCAGUCAAACUCCCUGAAGUUCUGCUGAGCUCUGGCUGAUCCAUCCCAGACCAACCAGCUGCUCAGUUCACGUCUCUGGUCUGCAUGUGGCCCAAAUCCCAGGAAAACUGUUGCCCAGCGAUGUGGCGUAAAGCGCCCUCUGCUGGAGAGUUUAUCUCUCUACAAGUUGUCAGAAUAUUUAAAGUCCUCUCAGCACUUUGACGUUUUCCUGAACGAACUGAAUGCAAGAGAUGUUGAGUGACCAGAACUGUUCAUCUCUGGUUUAUUGAACUGAUAUCAUGUUUACCGUCUUCCUGCCUUCAUGGUGUAACUGUAAACAUUCAGGCCAAAGCAGCUUCUAUGUGUUUUUCUCUGUUUUCCUGGAGAGCAGAUCAGGCUCUUCGCUUCCCUCUGGAGUUCAGAAUGACUUUGAUUUUGUUUGCAUCUUGUUGCACUAAACCGUUAAACCCUGCUGUUACCGUUGCUCUAAAUAAACAUCUACUGAAACUUUUUGAUGAA